AUGACAAUAUUGGACAGUUGUAUGGGAACACACGUCCUGGUCUUCCCUUAUCCAGCACAAGGACACCUGAUACCUACAUUAGACCUAACCCACCAGUUAGCCACCAGUGGUCUAACCAUAACCAUCUUGGUCACCCCAAAAAACCUCCCUCUCUUAAACCCUAUUCUCUCUAAACACCCAUCGAUCCAAACCCUAAUCCUUCCUUUCCCUUCACACAAUUUAAUCCCACCUGGAGCAGAAAACGCCAAGGACUUACCACCAAAUUAUACCCCUAUCAUUGCACAAGCUCUGUGCCAACUCUAUGAACCUUUGCUUGACUGGUUCAAAUCUCACCCUUCUCCGCCUCGUAUAAUAAUAUCUGACAUUUUACUUGGUUGGACCCAAACUCUUGCUUGCCAGCUUAACAUUCGGAACAUCGUGUUUUCACCUUCAGGUGCUAUGGCGUUGUCCGUUAUUUAUACUUUAUGGACGAAUUUGCCUAAGAAAGACAUUAAUGACCAGGUUUUACUUUCGAGUAUUCCGAACUGUCCAACUAUUCGUUGGGAGAAUAUCAGUUCUAUGUAUCGUAACUACAUUAAAAAAGAUGAUUCACUUUCUAAGGUUUGGAUGGAUUUAUUUCUUGGUGACAUGGCGAGUUGGGGACUCAUUUUCAACUCAUUUUCUGAGAUGGAACGAGUUUAUUUGGACCAUUUGAAGAGGCAAUUGGGCCAUGAUCGUGUGUGGGCAGUAGGACCUUUGCUUCCUUGUAACGAUAAAGAUACUGGUGCUUGUAGGCCAGCUGAACGAGGUGGGGCCAGUUCUGUUUCUGUGGAAGGUGUGACAACAUGGCUUGACAAAUGUAAAGAUCAUAGCGUGGUUUACAUCUGUUUUGGGAGUCAAGCUGUGUUGAGAAAUAGUCAAAUCGCGGAGAUUGCGUCAGGAUUGGAAAAAAGUGGAGUCCAUUUCAUUUGGUGUGUAAAGGAGCCCACUGCAGCACAAGGAAGCGGAGGAUCGUACGGUAGGAUCCCAUCCGGAUUUGAAAAUCGUGUGGCAGGGAGAGGACUUGUAAUAAGGGGAUGGGUACCACAGGUUGUGACUUUGGGUCAUCGAGCUAUAGGCGCGUUCUUGACUCAUUGCGGGUGGAACUCGGUCCUUGAAGGGGUAGUGGCUGGUGUUCCAAUGCUGGCUUGGCCGAUGACGGCUGACCAAUUUUCUGAUGCUUUUUUACUGGUUAAUGUCUUGAACGUGGGUAUAACUGUAUGUGAGGGUGCAGAUACUGUGCCUAACUCAGCUGAGUUGGCUAAAGUGUUCGUGAAAUCAGUGAGUGAGAACCUGGUUGAAAGGACCCGAGCAAAGCAACUGAGUAAAGCAGCACUUGAUGCUAUUAAAGAUGAAGGGAGCUCCGCGAAGGAUUUUGAUUGUUUGGUGCACCAUCUGGUUCAAACGAAACUACAAACUAGUUAA